UGCUCUCUCUGCUGACAUUCUCACGGUCCUGUUCAUCGGACCUCGGGCACUCCGGGGCUCCGGCUGGGAGCCGCCCCGGGGAACAGCCGGCACCCCCGGCCGGGGCUCCCGGGAGGCGCCCGGCCCCGCCGCAUCUCUCCAGGCCGGCCUAGCGAGCACCGCUCCCGGGGCCACCGGCGACGCCUGUGCCCCCGAGCCGUCCCCGGGAAUCACGGUGGGCGCGGCGGGGAAAAGCGAGAGGGCGCCGCAGCGGGAGUGGAACGGAGCCGAGCGGAGAUGGCCCGGCCGGGUCACGCCCGCCUCCGGCCGCGCCACCGCCUCUUCCUGUCAUGGCCGCGGCUGGGCAGCGGGAGCGCGGCGGGGCGGAGCGGGCCAGCGCCUUCGGCUGCUGAGCGCCCCGCGGGCGGCGCGGAGCGGGGACGGCCAUAGCCCGGAGCCGGAGGCAGGAGAUACCAGUGAAGUACCUGCUGUCCACCACUUUCUUCAUUUUACUUCUUCCCCUUGGGGUCAGCUGCAUGUCAGCAUGCCUUCAACCAAGAACACCUCAAAACUUUUCCUGGUCCUUAUGUCACUGCUGCUGGUGCUGCCAGUAGUUGAAGCCCUGGACACAGGAGAUACCAUUGCCUUCCUCCUAGGUCUCGCUGUCAGUGUUGUCGGAUUCUGUGCCUGCCUUGGCUUGUACGCAAGGAGAAGGAAUGGGCAGCAGUGACUUCAAGAAAAUGCUCAGAUGAAGUGAAUUUCCAAACACAGCUUGGGGCUGUGGAUGUAAGACUGAGCUUUGGUUCUGGAUAACUUCUAAAAAAUAUGUAGUAGAUAUUUUUGCGAACCCCUCUUACUGUUCAGUACAACAGAGUCAAGACUGUACACGACUGUGCUAGUAAAAGAGAUUUGUACGAUCUGUCCUCAUUACAAAAAGAUAAUUUUAUAUUGUUUGUGAUUAAAUAUUGCCUUAGAGAAGGGUAAAAAACUUUUUGAAUGGGGAAGUAAAACUAUAGAGUUGCUCACAGUAAAAGUUUAUGAAUUUAGCAUGUGAGGGAGGCCAUCAGCAAGUUCCAAAAUUUUGGUUUCAAUGUUUCAUCAGGAGGAAACAGCUAUUAAUCUUCCAGUCAAGAUGACAAGAGUUUUGAAAUUAGUCUUAACUAGCUAGCUAGUGGGCAGACUGCUCUAACUUGUGUGCUCGUGAUCACGUUCUCUGUAAUGACAGUUAACACCUAACAGCUCACUUCUGCUGUCACAUGGAUGAAACUUAAGAAAACUAAGGAAACAUGAAAGGGUUUUUUUUCUUUUAGAAUAUUUUUAGAGUAUUUUUAUUUUAGAAUAUGCCACUCCUGUAGCCUAUUAUUACCAAGUAGGUACACCUAAGAAUGAGAUCACCAUUUUUACUUAACAUAUAUUUCACAGAAAAGUACAUGUAAGGCUAUGUAAAUCAGAUUACGGAUAUGGGCUUUGUCUCUUGUUUAUUUUUUGUACUCAGCUUUUUUCCUAGCACACCAGGUUUAAAGCUUAGUUCAUUUGGUGUUUGCACUUCUUUCUCCAAAACUGGAGACUUAACUAUUCUGAUGAGGAAUUCUGUGUAUUUCUGCAUUAGAAGGUUAUUAGAACUAUCACAAGACCAUUGUGCACAUGUUUAUUUUACAAUGUAGAAAGAACUUGCUAAAAUCCUGGGUUUAGUCAAUUAGUCUAUUGUUCUUGUGUAUUCGUCGUGACAAACCUGUGUUGCUAGCUAAACAUUUAGGCUUCUCUAACUGAUGCAUAUGACUUCCACAGAAGAUUAGGACCAAAACCAAAGUAAAAAAUCCUGGUGCAAAAUGGGAGAUGUAAAUAGUCUUAUUCUAUUCAUGUUCAGUCAGAUGGUGUGGUAUAUGGUUGAAAGACAGUAGUAUGUCUAGGACCUGUUUCUUUAAGUACCAAAGGAAAUGGCUCAGCCAAGAAUGUCUGCCACUAGUCUCUGACUUGUUAGGGUGGUCUAGCUUGAGCCAAAGAGCAUGAUCUGUAACAGCAGCAGAAUAAGGAGCAUAGGAAGAUGAGCUCUGCACAGCUCAAAGAAUUUCCUUCUGAUCUUGUGCUGUGGACACUGCCACUCUCUGCUAGAAAUCUUGGCUUUUAUCUUUCAGAGUUACGUGUUUUGAUACUAUUCUUCCACUUCCUCUGUGCCUCUGUUCAGUAGAGCACAAAGCAAUGGCUAUGGGCAGGUCUUAUAUAAGUAAUUGGGUGGGCAGAUCAUGUUCUCCUCAUCCUGAUUUCUGCAUGCCAUUUUUGGAAGAAAGGGACAGAAUGCACAAUUACUAUGUAGAAAUUAAAUUUACAGCACUAAGAGGAGCUUCAGACAGAAGUAUCACCUUUGAAAGCUGCCUAGCAGCAGUAGAUGAUCCUGUUCAUGAUAAUUCAACUAGGUGGGUGCAAGCCCUGGACAGAUUGAAGUGUGAUCUGUGAUGUUCCAGCUUAGCUAAACAAAAAAAAGCAAAAAACAAACAAAACAAAAAUACCCAAUAAAACCCCCCACAAAAUUGCCAUUCAAUUCACUUUAUAGCUCCCAAGGUUAAAAAAUAUUGCAAAUUUUUCAGUAAAUUAAGUGUUUUGAGAAAUGUUCUAUUGAAAUGUGUUCUUUCAAUAGAAUACAUUUUAACACAAGCAUAUUUUCACAGACUCCUUUAUCUAUACCUUAAAAAAGAUCCCUGGCAAUAGUUUCACAUACUUGGGCAACAGUUUGACUGCAGGAGAACAAAAUUAUAACAAAAGUUAAUUUCUCUUCAGGCAAUAGAGAUAUGAGAAAUUGUAUUAUUUGCCCAACGCUGUAUGUACUUCAUGGAAAGGUGUUUGUACAGCAUAAUGGCUUUGUUUCCUGGGUUCUGAUAGAAGCUUUAUUGUUAAAGACUUGAAUUUGUCGAUUACUUGAGUGUAAAAUCAGAUACCCCUGUUUUUCCUCUGUCUUAAUAAACUUUGACAUGAUUUGUCAACA